AUGCCUCAAGUUGAUGAGGACAUUGAAGUCAAGCGUAUGAGGAGACUGGAGCAGCUCAGGUCCAAACGACCUGUUGGUGUCCUUUCUGAGGAUGGAAGUGGCUGGGUUUCUGUACCUAAUAUCCCCAGUACUGUGAAAUUCAAAGAUCAAAAUGCUGAUAUUUCCCCACCUCGCAAAAGGAGGCUCAGGAAUGAUACUCCAUCACCCAGGCUAGGACAAAAAGCAGGCCACAUGUCAGCAGGUUCUGAUUCAUCUCCACCACGAAAGUCAAGUAGGAUCCCUUCACCACUUGUAGAACCAAAGAUGAUGGAUUCAGAUAUUUCUCCUAUUCGACGUGCUCGUCCUGACUCAUCCGAUCUUUCGCCUCCGAGGAAGUUGAAGAAUGAGAGGUCGAGUUCAAUUGUCCGUGCAAAGAAGCCAGUUCACGAUGUUGUGCCUCCGGUUUUGGACCUUUCUCCUCCGAGAAGGCGGAAAGAAUCACCCGCAUCUUCAUAUCAUCCCAGAACUGGUUUAGUUUCGGGUAGAGAUAUCAAAGAUGAAAUUGAUAAAACAAAAAAGGAUGAUUGGUUGAGGUUUAGUGCUUUAGAUCCUUCAGUAAGUGGUCGUGAUGCCAAACCUGUAUACCGCGACAAAAAAACUGGGAAACGCAUGUCAAAGGAAGAGUUCCUCGAGUCCCAGAAAAAGGAGUUGAAGAAAGAUGAGAAGCCCAAGGAAAUACACCUGGAAUGGGGCAAGGGGUUGGCGCAGAAACGGGAAGCUGAAGCUAGAUUGGAAGAAAUGGCUGACGAGAAGAAUAAACCAUUUGCUAGGAGCAGGGAUGACCCAGAUCUGGACUCAAUGCUGAAAGAAAGAGUUAGAUGGGGUGAUCCCAUGGCUCAUUUAGUCAAGAAAAAGCACGUGGAGCCUAUCCUGCCGGAUCUAGGGGAGGGAGAGAAGAUGAAAGAGAGCGAUGUGGUCAUCAACCCAUCCGAGCCUGAGGAUGAGAUGACCGAUGGCUUAGAGGAAUGGCGCGCGAAUAGGCGCAAGCAGGGCAAAAGGGUGCGCAUGUGCAUAAGGAGGUGCGCGCAUGGCAGGCGCACGAUACGCGUGUCGGCAAUACGCAUCAGCUGA